AAAAUACAACAUACAUACAUACAAGCCAGCUGAGAUAAACAAAUUUUGGGAAUAAAUAACAAAGAAGUGGAAAACAAUGGCUUCCGAUGGCGAGGACAUGAACGUUACACCCGCAGAAUCUUUGGCAUCAGCCACGGAUACCGAGGACGAGGAGACGGACUCGCCAGCACUGCAGUCCGACCUGAAUUCCGAUGAGGAGCAACUGGACGUGGAGGAGGUGCCAGCGACGGCGGAGGAUGCGGAGAUGGAUGAGCUGAUGAAGCAGCUGGAGGAUUACACGCCAGCCAUACCAGACGCCCUCACCAUGCACGCCUUGAAAACGGCUGGCUUCUCCACAGUGGACCCCAAAAUAGUGCGCCUUAUCUCCGUGUCCGCGCAGAAAUUCAUCUCGGACAUUGCCAACGACGCACUGCAGCACUGCAAGACGCGCACCACGAACAUCCAGCAUUCCAGUGGACAUAGUUCCAGCAAGGACAAGAAGAACCCCAAGGAUAGAAAGUACACGCUGGCCAUGGAGGACCUGGUUCCGGCUCUCGCGGACCAUGGCAUCACCAUGCGCAAGCCCCAAUACUUCGUUUAGGUUUAGUUAAGCUUCAAAGUUUUCAAUUGUGCACAUAAAAAUAACUAUUUUUUUUCAAGAUAUAAAAACACGUUAGCGAGGCA